UGUAGGUCUAUGUUAAUCUGUCAUUGUUUAUUGUUUUCCCCCGUUUUCGAUGUAAAUUUGUGAAAAUAUUCGUUGAUUACCGAGCAUUCAUUAAAAUUGCGUUAGUCCCGUUUCCGAGAGCGAAUGUUUGCGAUUUACAGUGAACCAAUAGCGAGUUAAAAAAUGGAUAGCGACGUCAUAACAACCUUGAAGAUUUUAAUAAUUGGUGAAAGCGGCGUAGGAAAAUCUAGUUUGUUGCUGAGGUUCACGGACGAUAAUUUCGACCCUCAGCAAACUCUAACCAUAGGAGUAGAUUUUAAGACGAAAAAGCUUACAGUCGAUGGUAACACUGUGAAAUUAGCUAUUUGGGAUACAGCGGGGCAAGAGAGGUUUCGUACUUUGACGCCGUCCUAUUACAGAGAUGCGCAGGGGGCUAUUCUCGUGUAUGACGUUAGUAGUUAUGCGACAUUCGCGAAGUUGGAGAUGUGGCUUAACGAACUUGAAACCUAUUCAACCAAACGGAAUAUUGUCAAAAUGAUCGUCGGUAACAAAAUCGAUGUGGUGAGCGCGGCUUGUAAAGCGAUGGCUUGCUUAUUGCGCGUAUCGUUUCAGCAUAACCGCGAGGUGCCGAGGGAGGAAGCGAUGAAUUUCGCGAGGAGAUAUAAAACAUUGUACAUUGAAGCGAGCGCAAAAACUAAGCACGGAGUUCAAAGUGCCUUCGAAGAAUUAGUUCACAAGAUAAUUCAAACGCCCGGACUUUGGGAAUCCUUUAAUGAUCACAUUCAAGUCGGAGAUAAGGAUCACCCUCCUAGCUCGACUUGCUCUUACUGUGUUUUGACCUAACUCUUUUUAAAACUGUUCUGUAUUUUUUUGUAAAU